UCUCAGAGUAUGUGUGGGGGAAGGAAUACAUCUUAUCCUCACUUCAGGACAUUGAUAUACAAUAGCCUACACACAUGCGUGGUCUUUGUUAUUUUUUCCUCUCUGUCCUGACCCAAAUACAGUCCAGCAGCUUUGAAGUCAUUGGCCUCGUUGGGCGCAAUGUCACUUUGCCCUGCAGGUAUGACAUGCAAACUCAUGGUCUGGUGGGUUUCUGCUGGGGACGAGGAAAGGUGCCUAGGUUCAAAUGCACCAACACCAUCCUCUCCUCAUCAGAUGGGGCCAUACUAUCCAGGGCCUCCAGGGACCCUAGGUAUCAGCUGCUGGGCAGGGUGACGGAUGGAGAUGUGUCCCUAACCAUCCUGAAUGCUCAGUGGAGUGAUGCUGGUGUGUAUGGCUGCAGGGUCAAGAUUCCUGGUUGGUUCAAUGAUUAUAAAGUCAACACAUACCUGGUCAUGGAGGAAGUUCCUGUGGAACAACCUAUUACCCAGGACUACAAAUUUGCUACCGGUGGGAGACAAGAAGUGUUGACAACAUCUGAAGUAGGUGGCACAACACCGGACAGCAUUAGCGAUUUCACAGCGGAGAUUUUCAUUGCAGAAAAAAUUCAAAGCCUUCAUGGAAGUGGGGAACAUCGGCAGAAUGGCAGCUAUUUUUCUCUUCACCAUAAUCAUAAUCCCCGUCUUUAUUUUCCGGAGAAGGUUGCUGCAGAGGAAGACACUUCAACAUCUCAACGACUUGGCUGCUGAGAACAUUUAUGAAAGUCUCUAAACGCCUGAGUGACGGUCAGCAGAUUUCUAUGAGAAACUACUGGCUGAAGAAGUUUCUGCAUGCAAUGUGCUGACUCUGCCUUUUGCUUUCACUUAAGAGGGAAACCUUUGAGCACUGUUAAUUAGUAAGAGAAAGUAAGAGCAGCCGCUUACAGGGUCUCACUUUUAAUUCUUUCAGAUUGCACUGAAAAGGGAAAAUGUGUGUCAUGUGUGGAUGAUAAGGUACAAAAAUAUACUGUAGAUGAACUGAUUUCCUUUUUUCUUGUUUCAUGGCAAAAUUGAUCUCACAGUUCAGAAAAAAGCUUCUAGAUGGUUUAUACUUGUGGACACGAUGCCACCUACUGGAUUUAAUACAGUAUUAUCAAAUAUUAGUUGAGAAGAUUCAAUCCUAAAUUGAUUAAUUUAAUGAUUAAGGGUAUUCUAACUUAUUCUUAUUCUAACAUUAAAAAUAAUUUCCUGUGCAUAAAAUCUUAAUGUAAACACAUGUUAAGUGGGGAAGGUGGGAUAUGGAAUGUGGGAGAAAUGUCUUUUAUUAUUACUGGGAAGAAAGAAGAAAGAUGGAUGUAACAACUCGACUGUAUAUUGAAAAACUGCCAAAUAAACAAUGACAAAACCCCC